AGAUUCACGGAAGUACAAUUGUUCUGUUUUCAAAGUAAAACAAUCUUACGAGCUCCAUAGCAGUUCGCCGUAAACUUGGCGUACCUGGUUUUCUUUUGAAGAGGAUUUGCCGGACUUACACUUUAUUUUCGCAACUUAGCGUGAACAAGAGUCGCACCGAAUCCAUUGCAGAGUACUGUGGGUGUGUGGACUAUGAGAAUUUGCGGAUAUUUCUCGGUCCCGAGCACCAGUUUUUAAUACCAUUAUACGACGUUGUUCGUUUUGGUUAGAUUUAUGACUUGGUAAAAGACUCGACACAAGUCUUUAUAUUGUUGGGUAUUGAGCAUAUAAAAGUUCUUUUCUACUUUGAAUUCACUGCUUUACUAAUGGAAACAACGAACAGCGUGAAGGAGGACGGUGUCAGUUUGUCCCCUCAUUGUCCCAAACCGGAUGAAUCGGAGGAGCCUCUGGGUACAGCCAUGGAGUCCGGAGCUGCUGAGGAGCUGGUUAUGAAACCUGAGGGUACUAGUUCUGAAGUCAUCAUCACUAAGGAAAUGGAGGAGGAGGAGAAGCAGCUGAUGGAGGAAGGUGAAAGGAAAGAGAAGGAGAUGAUGGAUAAGGCUCGCGAAACAUGGGAGAAAGAUACUUGUGACAUGCGUUUCAAGAGACUGCAGCAUCUGCUUCAGAAGAGCAACAUCUACUCUAAAUUUUUGCUGACGAAAAUGGAACAACAGCAGAAUGAGGAGAAAGUCAAGCAGGAGAGGCUGGAAAAGAAAGCUAACAAGAUGCAGAAAACCGUUGCAGAUCCUGACAAAAACAAAAGGAAGAGAAAGAGAGAUGAAGACUACAAAAUAUCAGAUGUCAUGUCCAAAGAGGAAAUCUUAUUGCAAUCCAAGAAAUCAAAAAUGGAAGGGGAGGAAAAGGGACAGACCGAUGAGAAACUACAAGCUAAGGACAUAGAGAUGAUGAGUGAUUCUAACCAAGACAUCAAGGCUCGCCUGUCAGAGACGGUGCGAGACAAUGCCAGGCAUCUUCUGCAUCCUCAGAGGAAGGUGAAUGGCCAGCCCAUCCCUGCCCAGCAGCCACUAUAUUUCACUGGGGGUGUCAUGAGGUGGUACCAGAUUGAAGGCAUUGAAUGGCUGAGGAUGUUAUGGGAGAAUGGAAUCAAUGGAAUCUUGGCUGAUGAGAUGGGCCUGGGAAAGACCAUCCAGUGCAUUGCUCACAUAGCCAUGAUGAUUGAGAAGAAAGUAAUGGGCCCCUUCCUGGUGGUGGCUCCUCUCUCCACUCUGCCCAACUGGAUCAAUGAGUUUAAGCGGUUCACACCAGAUGUGAGUGUGCUGCUUUAUCAUGGGCCCCAGGCAGAACGGGCCAAACUGCUGAAGCAGAUGCGCAGACCUCAGGGGCCCCUUAACAUAUGCCCUGUGGUUGUUACCUCUUUUGAAAUCUCGAUGAUUGACAGAAAAUUCCUACAGCGAUUGCAGUGGAAGUACCUGAUUGUGGACGAGGGCCACCGGAUAAAAAACCUUAACUGUCGCCUGGUACGGGACCUGAAGAUGCUUCCCACUGACAACAAGCUGCUGCUGACGGGCACGCCUCUGCAGAACAACCUAGCCGAGCUCUGGUCACUGCUCAACUUUCUGCUACCGGAGGUCUUUGAUGACCUCAAGAGCUUUGAGUCAUGGUUUGACAUCAACACCCUUGGGGAGGCUGAGACUGUGGUUGCUGCUGAGCGUGAACAGAACAUUCUAAGCAUGUUGCACCAGAUUCUCACUCCGUUCCUGCUGAGGAGGCUGAAAUCAGAUGUGACACUGGAGGUUCCUCCUAAGAAGGAGAUCAUUGUUUACGCUCCUCUGACAGCAAAACAGGAGGCCUUUUACACAGCUGUGGUCAACAAGACCAUUACUAAGAUGCUGGGCCAGGAAAAGACAGAGAUCACUGUAUUGUUGACUUCAAGCGGUAGACCCAAACGUCGCACUCGAAAACUGGUGGACUACACAGAGACUGAUAAAGAAACCCCCUACGACCUAGAGAAGUAUCUGGACAGGGUCCGCAAAGAGCAGGAGCAGAGCACCUCUCCAGUGCUAGAUAUCCAGAGCCCACUGGAUUCUCAGAUCAACCUGAAACUGCAAAACAUCCUCAUGUUGCUGAAGAGAUGCUGUAACCACCCCUACCUGGUGGAGUACCCACUGGAUCCUGCUACACAGGACUUCAAAAUUGACGAGCAGCUGGUGCAGAGCUCAGGAAAGUUUCUCAUACUGGACAGAUUGCUGCCUGCACUGAAGAACAGGGGGCACAAGGUCCUAAUCUUCAGCCAGAUGACGUCCAUCUUGGAUCUCCUGAUGGAUUAUUGCUAUCUGCGGGGCUUCCAGUACAGCCGGCUGGAUGGCAGCAUGUCGUAUGCUGACAGAGAUAAAAAUAUGACCAAGUUUUGCAAAGAUCCAGAAGUGUUCCUCUUCCUGCUGAGCACAAGGGCAGGAGGACUGGGGAUAAACCUGACAGCUGCUGAUACAGUCAUCAUUUUCGACAGUGACUGGAAUCCCCAGGCAGACCUGCAGGCUCAGGAUCGCUGCCAUCGAAUUGGGCAAACCAAACCGGUUGUGGUGUACCGCCUGGUCACAGUCAACACUAUCGACCAGAAGAUCCUAGAGAGAGCUUCUGCAAAGAGGAAGCUGGAGCAGAUGGUCAUUCACAAAAAUAAGUUCAAGGGUGGGAAGUCAGAGCUGAACCAAAGUAAAAGCUGCAUUGAUCUGGAUGAACUGAGGGACCUGCUUAAAGGCACAGGCACUGAGAAAGAGGUGAAAGCUUCAAAAGGCAAAGUGAUCAGCGACAAAGACCUGGAGACUCUUCUGGACCGUAGCGACUUGUUGGACAAUGACAGGGCCAGCACAAAGAAAGAGAAGAUGGGUGUCUUCAGAGUGAUCAAGGCUGAACUGUCUACAGAGAUUACACUGACCUGAAAACAAUCCAGUGAAUCUCCUCAUGGAGACUGAAACUAUAAAACUAUAAAGAAAAUAUCCUAAAACUGCUUUUGUUUUGUUCUGUCUUUGAUGGGAAAAGCUGCUUCACAGUUUUUUGGGGGGGGUUGUACUUUUUUGUUGUUGAACCAUCGAUGGUGCUGAAUCACUAAACUCUGUCUGUGUUGACUGACACUGUAUGAUUUUGAAAAAACUGACAGAUCAUCCUCGAACAUCAGCACUUUCAGGAAACACUUAACCUGAGUUGGACUGUUCUGUUGAUUGUUGAGACAAAGCCUGUAGUGAUGUGAUAUGUAAGCUUGGUUUAGGUUUGGCCAUUUAAAACCGGGUGAUGUUGUAAUCGAAGUACUUUUCUAAAGCUUAAACAUGUUUUUAUGUUUGUUCUGUAAACCUUAUAUAAAUAAAUCUUUUUGGUAUUA